AUGGCCAACUCUUUCACCCUUCCUCUACGCCCACCCCCGGAGCAGCAACAGCGCGCGGAUUCUUUACCCAUCGAUAUCGCCCAAAUCAACAGCCAGUGGGGUUCCUUUCGAAAUGUCAACGAGGAGCUUUUGCGUGCUAAGAUUGCCGAGGAGGAGGAAAAUGAUGGUUCUUCUCACUUGAAUGAGCAGGACCACGAGUCAGCCGAUGUCGACCGGAUAGAGCGCCUAGAGGAACUCUACAAGCAACGCGCCGAGAUAACACAAUUCGCAGUUCAAUCGCACAUGGAGGCUAUGUUUGCCCUCGACUGCGUCUCUCUAGUGCUGUCGAAGCAUGCUCCUCGCCAGGCCGAAUCCUCAAUAUCCUCUUUCCUGAAACAGAGCGCCCCCAUCGGUUCUCUUGACUCGGAAGUUGUGAACCCUCUUCCGAAGCCCGAAUCGGCUAAAAAAGACAUAUCUGCAGUUUCGCGAGGUUGGAGAACCCUGAAUUUCAAUGCUGCUUCAAACAAGCUCUUGGGUGCUGCCGCCAGGCUCGAGACGGAAAUCACAUCCGAGACUCGAUACUGGGACGAAGUGCUUGCUAUCAAGAAUAAAGGAUGGAAGGUCUGCAGGUUACCCCGUGAGAAACAAGCUUUGGGUGUACAAUAUGGAUUUCUUGAAGCUACGCCUGUCUUUCGCGACCGUGGCCUUGCGUCGUUACGACGCGCCGAAGAUGGAUCCUUGAUUUUAGAUAAAGGUCUUAUCCCCUCAAGUACCUGCUAUGUUCGAGUCCGUGUAAAGCAAGGCUCUCAGUUCUUUGUAAGCUCGAGGCCCCGAGGACCAGGCUCUGAUGGUGCAGAUUCAAUCGAAAACCGCAUUUUGCAGGCCCGUGACUCUGUCUUUGAGGAAGAAUUGUUUCACGAAUUGGUCCGUGAGGCCAGAUACAUGGCAAGCUGUGGCGCAACGACACGCCAGAACCUUAUUCGCAUUCCCGCCUCUGAUGACCUAGAGAUUAUGCUCGAUCUCAUUGAUGUGGGUGAUGAGGAGAUUCAUGGGGAGCAAAAUUCUACUCGGCAGGAUACUCUUUUUGCAGAAGGCCUGGCACACUCGAUCCGUAUUCUCCUCGCAUUUGCUCAUCGUCAGAACCUGCGACGUCGCACCCAAGUGCCGCCUCCUGUAACGUCGAAAAAGCGACCCACUCCUGAAUAUCAUCUCCUUCGACCCGCCAUGGCGUACAUCCAGCACCUCUCGCACGUCAGGUCUUUAGAAUCGUUCUUUCGAGAUAUCUUCGGUGUGUUGCGGUCCUCGGGUCUUCACAUCCCCGAAUAUACCUCAAGUCUAUUCUCCAGUUGGAAGCCUGAGCCUAUCUCCUGUUCCGCUGCAUCACUUGAGACACUAGUCCCAAAAUUCCUUCUUCCAGUCGAAUCGGUGUUCCAGGGGACUCUCCUCUCGCCCCGCAGCUCCUUUACUGUCAAUAUUCGGACCAACAUGUCUUUCCCGCCUUUUGGCACGAGCUAUGACGUACAUUUCGACUUACCCGCUAUCCCAGAUUCAAAGUCACCAGGUCAUCUCCGCUUGAAAGACGAGGUACACGCAGCCAUCACGCACCUUCUAUUGCUCGAUGUCAUCUCUACAAUAUGUUCGAAGAAGUUGCCGGUGAACCAAAGAACCUCGGAGCCUGAGCCAUCGAAAACAAGAAGAUGGGAAGCAUUAUAUCCACACCUUGGUGAAUUAUUAUUGCCCAACAUCAAUCCUGAGAAGCACAAGAAGAUGAAGGUCUCUCUGUCUCGUGAGAAGCUCUCUCUUUCAACCUAUUUCGUUCCCAGUAUUGACGGCAUUGGGCGUGACACGAGAGAAAGGCGUGUCAGCCACCCCGGGGCUCACAUCUGGACAUCUCCCAGUCCAUUUACCCCAGAAUCUGGAGAACAUCCAGCCAUGAUGGACUUCGUAGUGAACCAGGCAUCACCUUCAUCGUGA